AUGCGAGCGCCUGUGGUUUAUGAUCGUACGAUGAGGCGUAAUGAAAGUAAAGGCUGUCUUGUUACGGCUGAUAUGGGAUCUGUGUGGCUUUCGAGCCAUACGGCGCACCAUAGCCCCGUCCCGGUUGCUUGCAAUGGGGCGGAGGUAGAGCGCAUACGCUGGGACCCGAAAGAUGGUGAACUAUGCCUGAGCAGGAUGAAGCCAGAGGAAACUCUGGUGGAAGUCCGAAGCGGUUCUGACGUGCAAAUCGAUCGUCUGACUUGGGUAUAG